UGCUUCUUGAUUUCCUCUAGUUUUGCUUGUUUCUGAUCUUCAAACAAACUUAGCAUAACACAAAAGAAACCUGAGUAAACAAUACACAUUUUUUAAAUGAGUAUUUCAAAUGUUCUCCAGCACCUACAUCACCCAUGCGAAAAAGUAAUUGCCCACAUGGUCACUCAAGCAACUACUGUACCAAAUUUAAAUGAUGAUGGGUUAAAUUAAACCAGACACACACAGACUUCAUUGCUGCAAGCCCUAAUGAGUCUAAGCAGCACUUAAACAGAACCUUUCCAGCCAUGCGAAGUUGACGGCAACAACUCAGCAAACAGCACACCAUACCUUUUUUUAUUACUAUGAAGCUCAAAAACAAUUGUUAUGAAUACGCAAAAACAGAGGAAUUCACAGCACGGUAUUUACCAGACGUCCAUACCUCAGAAAACAGGCUGGCUCUCAAAUUCACAGCUCAGGCUUAAAAAUCAGCUUCAGGUAUUUUUACUCUUAGUAAUUAUCAGUCACCAUAUAAUAUACAAUUGUUCUGUUCUUGGUCAUUUUUUUAAAACCAGUUUGACAUUUCCAUAUGUAUUUUGUUACUUAUUAAAAUAUUUGCACAAUCGCUAUAUUUUUAGAGGCCAACAAUUCUAAAUUAAUGCUCUGAACAAAUAAACUGAAGGCCAAUCUAGGUAUUUUUGGAGCUAAUACUCGCGGAGCACUGUGCAGGAAUGUGGACUGCCCGGCUCAUGUGUCAAUCACAGCUGACUGGCACUUCGCUAUUCUUUCUGACUGCUUCCUAAUCCCUAAAUAGGGAGGGGGGGGGAUGGCACUUCAAAUUCAUGAAUUAUACAACCCCUCCCGCCCCUGGAUCUCCCCGCUUCCCAAACACACUAGCAGAAUGUUCCCUGGGGGCCUCGGUCCUGCCACCCACAGACCCACCGCUGUAACCCUACAUUACUACUUACAUCCCGGCUUUGUUAUCGUUCCUUUCUCCCAUUUUACUCUUCUUUUAACCCCCUUGUGACUGCAUUGUUUUGCACUUAAAGGAGCCCCCCGCCCCUCCAUUGGCCGAGUGAUUCCAGCCUAUAUAAAUGAACCGACCUUAGCCUCACCCCCGUUAACAGGCACACACCGCUACCGGCGCAGGAAAAGAAACAUCCUUAAAUAGAUGCGGUAAAAUUGUCAUUCGUAGUUUUAUUUCAGAUAUAAAACAAAUACCUCAGACACACAGGCCUAUAUGCGACUUCUUUCAGUUGUAUGAGAUUAUUUGCUUAUAUAAUAUACCCUGCCAGUAAAUAGGCAUACUGGUCCUAAAUUACAUUAAUUUGCGCUGGGCACUGCAGUGCUUAUAAUGAAGCUACGCGAUUCCCCGAAGGAAAAGACGCACCGCCAGGUGUCAAAGCCGCAGAUGGAGAGGCGCCGGAGGGCACGAAUCAACGGCUCCCUCGGCGAGCUCCGGGCAUUGCUGCUGCGAUCACACACCGCAAAGUCUUGCUGCAGGUCGAAGAUGGAGAAAGCGGACAUCCUUGAACUAACGGUUCGGUACCUGAAAGCCUUAACACAGGCGCCAGAUCCUGCUGACUCCGCGAUGUGCGUGAGCCGCUCCUGCGCUGGUUACGCAGAUUGUGCAAACGAAGGCAGCCGGUUUCUCCGCGCCAGCGAAGGGGUCCGGGGCGCUGUCAGGGCCGCUUUGCUCCAUCGAAUUUCGGAUCAGACUGCGGCGCUCGCACACGGCGCACUGACUCCGCAGUUUGCUCCAUUUUCUUACCAUGCCCCAUCCGUCCACGGCUUUUCUUUCCUAUCCGACUGUGACCCUUCUCCGCUGGAUACCCAUCCUCCGCCGGUGCCCGCUGGACAGAUCUUAUCUCCUCCUGUCGCCAAUUCCGCUUCCCAGCCGCUUCACCUGCUCGCCUUUGAAACGGCCGAUAGCGCACAGAUGGUAAGCGAUCGGCACAGACGCCGGCACGUAUUCAGCCCAAACAGCAAGACACGGAGUGCGACCACAUGGGUCUGGAGACCGUGGUAGUGCACUGCCCAUAGGCCAAGGCUCCGGGACUCACGCGUGCAGGUCUGUGCAUUACAGAGAAAUAAAUUGUAACAGAGAAUGAUACAUAUACUAAGCAGCCACUCCGACUGCAUGGACGCUGCAAAUGUUUUUCUUUAUACUGUGUUAAAAAAAAAAACACGCACUU